GGAAGAAAAAUACACUGCACAAAUUUUAAAUCCAAAAGCUCCAUCGUCUCCGCUAAAAUGGAAAGUGAAUUUAUUGAACCGCUAAAAGUAAACGAACUUUACAGUAAAAGUAAAUAUUCCUGUAUAAUGUAUAGAAUUGAUAGAUUUAAUUUUCUGCCUAAAAAACUAUCCGGCAUUUUUAUUAAUCAGUGUGCCUCUCGUGAUACGCACACGAUUAUAAAUGAUUAUUGUUCCAAUACUAUAUUACUAUUAUUGAACUCAUGUUGAACAGUUUCAAAAAUAUCGACAAAUAUUACAUUUUCAAUUUUUAUAUUGGACCAAAACAUAUUGUGCUCUAAAAAUACGGUGUUAACGUACGGCCCUUUCUUUAAUAGACCUUGAUCCGAUGGAAUUUAAUCUAAACGUUUUCUAAAACUUGAUGGCAAACAGCUUCAGCCUUGCGCAGCUUGACGCAACUCCGGGUUUCCACGUUUACUCCACACAGGAAAAAGUCAGCCGAUAAUUUCGCGGGAUCGAUGUUGCAUGCGACAGAAAAGUCAAACCAUGGCCUAGACAACAAACGUUUCCCAAACGUCAUCAUUUUCAAAAAACUAUUAAUAGUGUCAAGAUUAUUUUGCUAUUCUCCCCUGUGGCUACGAAUAGCGUAAAGGAUGAAUUGAAAAUAGAACAUUUUCUCUCGUGUAUAUAGAAUUGGCCGCGAACAAUUAUUAUUACAACGGCGAUAUUUUUUCCUCUGAAAAUGAAGACGCUGAAACUAGUGGGAAAUCUUGAAAUGCCUGUGAUAGGUUUGGGUACCUGGAGAGCUUCACCAGAGGAAGUUCAAAACGCUGUGACGAUAGCUCUAGAAUGUGGAUACAGACAUAUAGAUACUGCGUUUAACUACAACAACGAGGAUGCAAUAGGGAAUGCUUUAAAAAGUUGGAUUGAUUCUGGAAAAGGUACGCGCGAAGAUUUAUUUAUUACUACAAAGUUACCAAAUUUUGGGAACCGACCAACUGACGUGGAAAGAUUUUUAAAAAUGUCUCUAAAAAGACUACAGCUUGACUAUGUCGACUUGUAUUUGGUGCAUAUGCCUUUCAGUUUUCACUGCAAUGAAGCCUCCCUGACCCCGUUGGUCAACGAGGAUGGAACGUUCAGUUUAGAAAACAGCGAUCUCGUCGACGUUUGGAAGGCUAUGGAAGAACAAGUCGAGCGGAAACGCACCAGGGCAAUUGGUGUGUCGAAUUUUAAUGAAGAUCAACUAAGAAAAAUAUACGAGAGCGCAAAAAUUAAGCCCUCUGUUCUGCAGGUGGAACUGCAUGCUUAUUUGCAACAAAAAAAAUUGAGGGAAUUUUGCCAAAAGCUAAAUGUUGCCGUUACUGCAUACUCGCCGUUAGGAAGUCCAGGAGCAAAUGCCCACUUUAGUACAAAAUACAAUUACAGCUUGAAGGAUUUUCCGGAUAUCUUAGGACAUCCAGAUGUCAAAGAAAUUUCUCAAAAAUAUGCAAAAUCACCUGGCCAAAUAUUACUGAAGCACCUUGUACAACAAAACGUUAUCGUUAUACCAAAAAGUGGUAAUCGGGACCGUAUUAGAGAAAAUAUGGACUUGUUUGAUUUUGAGCUAUCAAAAGAGGAUCUGGACAAAUUGGAUUUGCUAGAUAAAGGAGAAGAUGGUCGAAUUUUUACAUUUUUGUUCUUCAAAGGUGUUGAGAAUCACCCGGAGUAUCCAUUUAAAAAACAUUAAGCGAACAAUGUUGUUUUUGACUAAAUUUUGGAUAUGUAGAAACACGAUAACUUUGAAGUACGUACCUAGUUUUGUGUUACACUUACAUACUGAUACCUUUUAUUUACUCCUACUUCUCACUUCUGCAAUUGUAGAAAAAAUAAUGGAUUUUUUUGUUUAUAUAAAUAAUUUGGAUUUUCAUUCAUUACAUGGAUUAGAUACUUAUGCCAAAAUGAGGCAAUCGGCAUUCUUCCGUUCCCUAUGACAUCUAAGAAAAGGAUCAUGUCAUAAAAUACGCCCGUUUGAGAUACGCCUGUAUAAGAUUCCUGUUAGCAACCAAAUUUUUUUUAAUAAUUUUUCUUAUAACUUGAUGGGUUGAUGUUCUAAUAGUUCAGUUUUGUUUAAAUAUUUUUAUUUACUUUCCACAUCUUUGUACAGAAGAUAUAUUAAUAAUUGUUACCCGUUAAAAGUUAUUUUUUUUACAUAAAAUAAUAAAAAGAAGUUACUCCAACGGUUUUUAUUAUGUUGUGAAUUUGGUUUGUUUGCUCUAUAAAAGACAGACUAUUUUUAAAAACUAACCAUUUACCUACAUAAGAAAUUAUAGUAUAUAAAUUGUUUUGUAAUGUAUGUAAAGAGAUGGUAUAAUUGAAGUAUAUGAAAUAAGACACGAAACACUAAAUUU